UGCGCAGAUUUUCUCUUCGACCUCUACUUUUCUUUUCACUCACGAACAGUGCAUUCGGAUAUUAGGCUCAGUCGCUUUAUUAGCGAAUAAGUAAAAUGUCAUAGUUCAAUCGGCACUCCCAUUCAGAAUCGAGCAAGAAUCAAGGUUACGGGAGUGUUCCGAAGACUUUGUCUUAAAUACUUUCUAGUGCAACUCGUGCGGCAAUGCCACAAGAGGAAUAAGAUAUUCUUGAGCGCAAACAGGAGGUUUUUUAAUGGGCAACAACAGAAUUCUGCGUAGAUCCAAAAUUAGUUCUGGUUACGAUGAUGUCUGAGUCUCCGUUUUCCUGUUGUGUGAAGUUACAUAUGAAGACGACAAAUGUGACCAGAUUCUAAGCACUGCAUAUGUAUAUUAUUAGGUCAUCAUCAUCGAUGAAUAUUCAAACCAGUGGGCUGUACUGGAAGCUUUGCUGCGCAUGGGCACAGGGAUUUGCAAAGUUUGAGAGAAUUCGGGUCAUCAGUUUUUUAGCUAUCGCAUGCCGGUCUGCAUUCGAGGUGCAGAUCGUCUGAGACACGGACCAGUACCCAGGUUUACCAAACAGACCCAAGCGUUCAAGAUGAAUGCCUUAUCGACAUGCUUGCUGGUUCUUCUGGCCGCCAGCCUGAGUGCGGCCCAGCUGCGUAACUGUCCGCCGCUUUGGUCCGGCAGCGGCGAAAAAUGUUACCAGUUCUUCAAGGAGGCGCUGCCCUGGCAAGAUGCGAGCGACUACUGCGCCAGGUUCUCGUCCUGCGCCACCGGCGCGAGCUCAACCCUGGUGACGAUCCCCUCGGCCGAGGUCGACCGGCGGCUAGAGAGGUUCCUGGGCCCGAAGGGUAACCCCAACCCGCCCAACAUCUGGAUGGCCCUGGGCGAUCCACUUGGAUCCGGCGCCCUCGCCUGGCCUGGUGGCAUAACCCCACAGACCGCCGGCUACAGCAACUUUGACCAGGCAGGCCGGAAUGGGAACUGCGUGUUGAAGGACACCCGCACCAACCAGUGGGCCUUUGCACCCUGUACACAGGCUAACUCCUUCGUCUGUGAGAUUGAUCGGAACCCCCCACAGCCACCCAGCACCCCAGGAGCCGGCUUCCCAGGAGGACCCGUCUAAGGGACGUCGCUCUUUCUAACAAUGUUAAAAACUGUGCCAACAGUACAAGGGCUUCGUAAAUAAAAUAAAUAUCCGUAACCCCAAACAGGCUCCAAGGCGAACAGUACGAGAAUCGGCAUGAAGUAUGGUUCGCCGACCCCAGCGUCACCGAUGUUGAGCGUGAUACCUCAAGUUCAAGAUAGACACACGCAGCGAGUAGAGAGAAAAGAAUUCUUCGCCACUUCCUUGAAUAGACAUUAUGCGUAUGACGUCACGUGAGAUGGUAUUUCUUUCUGCAACUGUAGUACGCUUGAGAAAACUUUCAGUGCAUUCAUUGCAUCAAUAUUAAAGUUACAAAGAAGAACCUCUGAGACACCAGUAGCGUAUAACCUCUAUUUAUCUUGUGACUCCAAAUGCCCUUCAUUGCCCGGUGAGGCAGUGUUUGGUUUGAAUUUUUCUCCAAAAAGAUUGGACUUGCCACUCGGGAGAACUGUUUGACGUAAACCUUUAGAACAGUCACAUACGUCAUCCAUUGUUAUUUGUGACGCGCUCUGUGAAAAUGAGUCUUAAGUCACCAGAGCCACUUUUUGAGUUUUCAUUUGUAUUGGAAAGAGCAGACUGAGUUU